CACAACAAAUUUUAUCAUUGCCCAGUGAGUCCCGGUAUUACUUAUAACUCGGACACGAUGAGGAUGAGAGAUGUUUGGGUCUUCCCGUUCCUCUUCCUCUUCUCAUCAGCUUUCUCGAUCACCUUACCCCUCCAUUCUGUAUCAGCUGCUGCUGUUCUCACCACAUCAUCCCGACAUUAUUUGAGCAACAUCGGCGAGCGUGAUGCCUUGCUUCAGUUCAUCAACUCAUUCAACAUCACAAAGAAUGCUUCUGCAGGAUCCUACUGCGAUGAGCUCUCCUCCGUUACUUCACAUUCGAAGACAGCCUCAUGGAAGAACGGGACAGAUUUCUGCUCAUGGGAUGGGGUCACAUGCCACAUCGCAACAAAUCAAGUGAUUGGCCUUGACCUCAGUUGCAGUUGGCUCCGAGGAUCCCUUCAUUCCAACAGCACCCUUUUCUCCCUUCCCAGUCUUCGAAGGCUCAACCUUGCUGGUAAUGAUUUCUCCGGCUCACCAAUAUCCCCCAGCUUUGGUAUCUUUACUGGAAUGACACACCUCAAUCUCUCAUAUUCCCGAUUCUCGGGAUCUAUUCCUCUGGAUGUGAUCUCUCAUUUUUCCUUACUAAUUACACUCGAUCUAUCUCACCCAAAUACUCUAACAAUAGGAGAUGAUCAUAGUUUCAGAAGGCUUGUGGGUAAUCUCACUCAGCUGAGAGAACUUGCUCUCGAUGGUGUAGACAUGUCCAGAAUCUCUCUGGUUUCCUUGUCCAACUUGUCUUCCACUCUGACAUCUUUGAGUCUUCAACGAUGCUCUCUCACGGGCACUCUCCCAAACGACAUCUUCCAUCUCCCACACCUCCGCAGUCUCUCUCUUUCCGGGAAUCUUGGUCUUAUGGGUACUCUCCCCCAGACAAACUGGAGUAUCAGUUCGCUCGUCUCCUUGGUUUUAUCGGACACAAAGUUCCACGGGCCAAUUCCCGCUACUGUGGGGAACCUGACGUCCAUGAAAAUUUUGGACCUCUCUUAUGCCAAAUUUACCGGCCACAUCCCAUUGACACUAGGAAACCUUGCCCACCUCACCUACUUGGACCUUGGUGCUAACAUCCUCGGUAGUACCACGGAAUUUGAAAUGUUUGCAAGGCUCAAAAGUCUCGAAUAUCUUUCCCUUUACAACCUCUCUGUGUUGCUGCGAAGUAAUGGCAAUUGUUCCUUCCCGAUGCUCAAAGUUUUGAAACUGUCGAGAUGCAGAUUGACCAGCACCACAUUCCCAUAUUUCUUGAGUUCUUCAGCUGAGCUGGAGGAGUUGGACCUUUCUGGAAGCAUGAUUGGUGGUAAAAUUCCUGAUUGGAUUGGGAGAGUAGGGAGGGACACAUUGACACGGUUGGAUCUCUCAUCCAACAAUUUCACAAGAGAGAUCCCAUCCUCAGUUUGCCAAUUGAGUUCACUAAAUUAUUUGCACCUCUUUGAUAAUGGAUUCAGUGGCAGCAUUCCGAGGUGCAUUGGAAAUUUAAGCAACCUCUUGACGCUGGAUGCCUCAAAUAACAGUUUCAUUGGAGAGAUCCCAUCUUCAGUGUGCCAAGUGAGUUCAAUUAUAGUUCUACGACUCUCAAAUAACAGACUUGACGGCUCCAUUCCCAGUUGUUUGGGAAAUCUAAGCAACCUCUUGACGCUGGAUGCCUCAAAUAACAUUUUCACUGGAGAGAUCCCAUCUUCAGUAUGCCGGGUGAGUUCAAUUACGGCUCUACGACUCUCAAGUAACAGGUUCGGCGGCACCAUUCCCAGUUGUUUGGGAAAUUUAAGCAGCCUCGAAGACUUGGAUUUGGGUGACAAUCGAUUGCAAGGUCGAUUGCCCCAGUCUCUUGCAAAUUGUACAAGGUUAGCCGAAUUAAAUGUCAGUUACAAUAGAAUAUCCGACACUUUCCCACAAGGGUUACUGAAUGCUACCCUCCACAGCUUGAUUAGUCUAAAUUUGCAGUCAAACAAGUUUCAUGGGGACAUUUCUCUUGAGCUCUGCAACGCCACUCAGCUAUAUCUCAUCAACCUCUCCAACAACAGCUUGACUGGCACUAUUCCCCCCUGUCUCAUAAAUCUAAAUGUAUCUGUAUUGGUCCUCUGUGCAAAUAAGUUUGUUGGUCAGAUACCGGAUGUAUUUUUCCCUGGAAACAUGUUGAGGACAAUCCGCAUGAGUCGAAAUCAACUUGAGGGUACUUUGCCACGAUCUUUGGUACAUUGCAAGAAGUUGGAAGUUUUGGAUCUCAGUCAGAAUGAGUUGGGCGGCCGCUUCCCUUAUUGGUUGGACACUUUUCCAAAUCUGCAAGUACUUGUCCUGAGAUCCAACAAGUUCCAUGGGCCGGUUAAGAGUUCUAGCAAAAGUGAUCAUCCCUUCCCCAAAUUGCGCAUUUUUGACCUCUCUAACAAUAGACUUUCGGGUCCAUUGCCAGCUAAGUAUAUCGCCAAACUAAAAGCCAUGAAAAAUGAAGAGAGAAGCGGUUUACAUUAUAUGAAUGAGAAUAGCUACUAUAAAGAUGCCAUUGAGGUGGUCAUAAAAGGAAUGGAGAUUGAGCUGGUGAAAAUUCUGACUAUAUUUACAACCAUCGACUUCUCAAGCAACUGCUUCGGAGGAGAGAUUCCAGAAUUAAUUGGAGAUCUGAAGGCACUCAAGGGACUCAACUUUUCUCACAACAAUUUGACUGGCAGCAUCCCUCCUUCUGUUGGGAAUCUAACUAAUCUUGAGUGGCUGGACCUCUCCUCAAACAAGCUCAACGGGGAGAUUCCUGGAGAACUUGCCGAUGUUACGUUUCUCACCACCUUGAAUCUCUCAAACAACCUACUUUCGGGACCAAUUCCCAAGGGCCCGCAAAUCGAUACAUUCGUGCACUCGUUUGAUGGGAAUCCUGGAUUGUGUGGCUGUCCAUUGCCAAAGGCAUGUGGGCUGGACGUGCCGCAGUCACCGCCUACAACUUCUCCUGCAGAAGAGGAAGAGAAGGAAUCUGCACAUUGGAUUGAAUGCAAGGCAGUGGCAAUCGGCUAUGGAUCCGGACUUGUUAUUGGGAUAUCAGCCGGGUACGUUAUGCUGGAAAUUGGGAGGCCAAGAUGGCUGGUGAGAAUGGUUGAGAGAUGGGUGGUGAAAAUGGUUGAGAGGAAAAGACGCAGAAAGACAACUACGCUGAAGAGAGAUGCAGCUCCAAGAAAUCACCCGAGGAGGAGCACCGGGGGCCUGUAAGAUGGGAGGCCAGUAGAAAAAUGGUGCAUGGAGGCUUCCAUCGACCGAGGAGAAUGGCAAUUUAUCAGUGAAGAGGAAAGCUCAAGAACUUUAUUCCUUCAGCAACUUUUUCUUUUUUUCCCAGUUUCAAGUAAGAUGAUGUAAUCAUGUGUAUCGUCAUUGUGCACAAUAAAUUAAAGUGUCUGAAUAAAAAAGCCUUCUGAUGCA